AUGGAGGGUAAGCCUAGCAUAUCAGAAAUGGCGACCGAAACGUACUCUGAUGUCACAAAAUUGAAGGGGACAAAAAUUUUAGUGUUUGUUGAAGAUGCCCUAAUUGAUGUUCUGGUUGUGUCUUUCAAAAUAGGAAAUAAAUUAUUUCAAGGAGCUUUACUGGAUAUAACGAAAAAGAAUGCACCUUAUGGAAUUGUUCCACCUGCACCUGUUGUUCCUAAGGAGGAAGAAAUGGGUGCUACCCCCAAUGGAGAAGGAACUGAAGAGAAAACAGAUAAAUUAUACGCAUUGAAACAAAGGCAUACAUAUUAUCAAAUUCCGCCUGGAUCAUCUCAGUUUUUCUUUGGACCUUUUCGUCCAUUUGCUCGCAAUGCCAAAGAUAAAAGUGUACGAAUGAGGAGGUUACGGCCGCGCAAAGUUCUGUGUUCACAUUGUAAAGAAGUUUUUAAUGACAAUGAUCCAAAUCAAAAAAAGGUUGUUUGUGGUGUAGUGACACGCAACAGCAAUAAAAACCUACAGUCUGCUGUAGGAACUGGUGCUAAUACGGGUAGUGCAACAAAUCUGAAUCAAAGAAUAGCAACACGUAGUACAAAAACGGACCCUUCUGAAAAAACUGUUGGUGCCUCUGCUGAUGCUAUCAGUUCAGUAGACUCUAAAACUGACUCUGUACAUGAACCUGUUGAAUCAAAACCUACUGACUUUAUUUUAUCAAAAUUAAAAAGUGAAAAGAUGGUUUUAAGAAAGCGAAAGUCUACAGAACUUGAAAAUUCUGAUUCACCUGCUCCUACAGAGAAACUUAAAAGGAUUGAUGCCUUAAAAACAGAAGAAAGUGAAAAUCCCAAUGGUGGUAAUUCAGCAGCUUCUAAGCCAGGUUUAGCAAAAACAAGUCCUGUGAUUAAAAUUUCUUUUGCAAAUCCUCAAGGCAAAGAUACAGUUUUGAAAAUCCCUGCCAGAAUAAAGAAUGCUAGUGAUACUGAAGAAGAUAGCAAUUGGUCCUUACAAGAAAAUUCCAAUUACAAUGCUAAAAAAUUUGCCAGUGCAAAAGCUGCUAAGAAAGCUUUGAAGAAAGCCAAAAAGGAAGCUCAAAAACGAACUCUGAUUCAGUCCAAUUCUCCUACGACUACAGUUUUAAGUCCUAGCAAUGAGAAUGGGGAUGCACAUCCUGCAGAUAAAGAAAAGCAUCAUCAUCACAAGCAUAAAGUCAAAAAGAAACGUAAGCACAAAAAUGGGGAUGCUGAUUCUGAGAAGUAUGACUUGGAAAAUACAGAUACCAGAAAUGUGUUCAAUACAAAUGGCAAUGAUGGUUGGUGCUUAAGAACUAAUUUUGCUGGAGACAUUAAUGUUCCUGGCGAACUGAACAAACCUGCUAAUGUCUUUGAAGAGGUCAAAAGCAAAUGUCUCCAUCAAAAACUUUCUAUUAGUUUAAAACGCCUCAAUGCCAAAGCUUAUAUGCGUUGUAGUCCUAAAUACUCUAUAGAAGAAGACUCGGUAGCCAGCGAUGUUAGUACGGCGAGCAACAUCAGCAUAUGUUCUGGCUCUGGAAGUGACUACGGAGAUGUUCCGGACUUUCCGAAGCAUUCCUCUCCUCUCAGGGACAUGGACAAAGUAAAACCUCUAAUGAUGAGGAUAAGCACGCAUAAUGUGAAAAAAUGUGUUUUGGACCUUGGUCGAGAAAUGGCUGUUGGUGAUAUUGUGUGGGGAAAGAUUCAUGGCUUCCCAUGGUGGCCAGGAAAGGUCCUUGCAUUGACUGUUUCACAAAGGGACAAUGGAGCAAUGCUUAGUCAACAAGCCCACGUUUCGUGGUUUGGAUCAUCAACAUCGUCUUAUAUGCCUUGCAACCAGCUAACACCAUUUCUAGACGAUUUUAAAAUUAGGUUUAAUAAAAAGAAAAGGGGACCUUAUAAAGAAGCUAUAAAACAAGCAAUGCAUGAGGCUCAGCUACCACACAAAGACAUAGCUACUGAUUUAAGUCUAGUGGCUUCAUAGCAUAGGUUUAUAUCUAGCUGUUUUUAAAUUUGCAUCUGGUUAUGAUGCGAGUUAUAGCUUUAGUGCAAUUAUUUUGUGCUUUCUUAAUGUUCUGCUAUCUCUGCACUGUUACUUCUUUUUUAAUGUCAUUAACGAAUUAAUUUCGUUGCAUUACUUAAAUAUUCUCGAUGAGUGUGAAAUCAUGCUAGUGAUCAUUGCUGAAAGUGUUCGUGUUGUAAGAAAUAAGUGUUUUUGUGCUGAUAAUAUAGGUGAUAAAAGCAACAUUAAUGCAGCAAAAGAUUUUGAAAUUUUUAGCUUGAUUAGUGUUUUUAUCGUUUGUACAAGUGUUGUAUGAACUAAUGACAGGAAAAUGAUUUUAAAAGGUACCUCUCUCUUUUUGUUAAAGCCAUUUCUUGUUUUGUUUUCUUGGAACAUAUUUAUUCACACUUCAAUGUAUA